AUGCCGCUCCUGAAACAACCUUAUGAAGAGCCAGAGCCAGGAUGGCGUUUUAUCUUCCUCUCUUGUCAGAUGCGACAGGGAUGGAGGAUGGGAGAGACGUGGAAACGAGACCUCAUAUUCGUGUUGUCUUUUCUCUGUUUUCUUUCAGCUGUUUCCUUCAUGCGCCACAGUGCUUCAGCUUUUGGAUUUGCUUUUGACGCCACGCUGGACGUGUUGUCCUCCGUCAUUGUAGUGUGGCGGUACUGCAAUGCUGCAGCCGUUCACUCAGCUCACCGUGAAUACAUAGCCUGUGUUAUUCUUGGGGUGGUUUUUAUCCUGAGCUCCAUGUGCAUCAUUGGAAAGGCCAUCCAUGACCUUGCCACCAAGCUGCUGCCUGAAGUGGACGGAUUCCUGUUCAGCGUGUCCGUCAUCAGCGGCUUGGUGUGCCUCAUACUUUGUGUGAUCAAGUUCAUGCUCGGCAAAGUUCUAACGAGCCGAGCUCUCAUCACUGACGGAUUCAACUCACUGGUGGGAGCCAUCAUGGGCUUCUCUAUUCUAAUAAGUGCUGAAGUUUUCAAGCAUGAACCCAAGGUGUGGUACCUGGACGGGACAAUAGGUGUCUUAAUUGGUCUCAUCAUCCUCGCCUAUGGAGUCAAGCUGCUGGUCGACAUGGUCCCACGGGUCCGGCAAACAAGGCACUACGAACGUUUUGAGUGACGGUCCACAGAGGAGAAAGACGGAGAGCAGAUCUUCUGAGUUUACUGACGUAAUGACAGAGGGACCUGCUGUCCUUCCACAGACAAUUACAUCGAGUCCAGCAGAGGCAUCGAUGUCCAUACAGACCUCACCCCCAUUCUAGGGUUUUUAACCAAGGAUCCAAGCUGGAUAUCAUUAUUGGUACCUUUUUAAGUGUUUUACAGUUUGAUGUACAUAUAUAUCUUUAUCUGUCUUUGAUCAGUGAAUGAGGCAGUCAUUUCUAUCAUGCCUUCAUAUUUAAAAAACAAGGGUUCAGAAGAUAAGCUGGACUGUUUUAAGGACAUACAGACCCAGAGUGUCUAUAACUUGCAAUUUUUGUACAGCAAGUUGAUGUACAAAACCUCAGUUAUCCCUCAUUGCCCUGUCAAAACACAGCAGUUUAUUUUCCCAUGGUUCCUAGAGGCCUUUGCUCAGCUGUGCUAUAAAACGUUGCGCUGUCAAGUCUGUCUGAUUGAUGCAGCUGAUGUAGCAGUGGAGUGUAGCUGGGCUUCUACCUUAGUAACAUGUUUGCUGUUGGACUGUUUUAUUCUGAUGUUUAUGUUGGGAGGAGGGACGCCUGGUGUGGGAACUAUUUCAGCAGCAUAAUGCCGAUACUGACUUUAGAGUCCAGGGGAUUUGAAUUGUAUUAUUGGACUUCAGUCGUGACUCCAGUCUUUGGUCUGGAAAGUUAUGGAGUUGUUUUUGCUGAAAUGAAGAACCUUGUAUAUUUAUGCAUUCACAGCUUGCGCCAUCUGCUGACUAGAGGAGGUAUAUUAUUUGAAUGUGCAUCAGUUACAGCUGCAGAUUUAUAAACACAGAAUGUCUUACAUAAAAACCUCUGCAUCUAGUACCUACAGGUCAGUGAUAACAUAUAAGAAAAUGCAGAUUUCUGCACGCCGUCAGCACUGAAACACAGCUGCAGCCACGAGUCCACAACAUUUUGAUAGUAGAACUGAAUGCUGCAAAAACCAACAAUUUUUCUAGAUUCAUCUCAUACAAAAUUAAACAUUUUAAGACUUUUUUUGUUUUAAUCUUGAUGAUUAUGGCUUACAGCUCAUGAAAGUCCAAUUUGCAGAGGUUUCCAGAGCCUUUAUUCUCUCACACAACCACAAUCAUGGGGAAGACUGCUGACUCGACACACAUCCAGAAGAUAAUCAUUGCUAUCCUCCACAAGGAGGGAAUCCACAGAGGGAAAAGGCAGGCUGUUCUCAGAGGCUGCAACAAAGCAGAUUCAUGGAAGCAUGACUGGAACUUAAAGGAGCUUCACAUGGAGUGGGCUGAGGCUGGAGUCAGUGGAUCGGGUCCAGGAAAUGGACUACAAGUGGCGUGCCUCUAGUGUUCAGCCACUCCUAAACCACAAAUGUCAUGAGCGUUACACCUGGGCUAAGGAGGAAAGAACUGGACUGUUGCUCAGUGGUCCAAAGUCCUGUUUUCAGAUGAAAGUGAAUUUUGAAUUUCAUUUGGAAAUCAAGGUCCCAGAUUCUAGAGGAAGAUUAGAGAGGAACAGAAUCCAAGGUGCUUUAAGUCCAGUGUUUUCAACGCUGUCAGCCGUCUACCAGGAGAUUUUAGAGUACUUCAUGCUUCCAUCUGCUGAGAAUCUUUAUGGAGAUACUGAUUUCCUUUUCCAUCCGUCCAAAGUGUAGCCAAAACUACCUGGUUUGCCGUCUCUGGUUUUACUGUGCUUGAUUGACCAACCAACUGGUCUGAGCUGAACCCUGUAGAGUAUUUCUUGGGAGAGACGCCAGACUUAACAAUAGAGAUGAGCUGAAGGCUGCCAUCAGAGCAGCCUGGGCUUCAUAACACCCCAGCAGUGCCGCGGACUGAUCGCCUCCAUGCCACAUCGCACUGAUGCAGUAAUUUGUGCAAAAGGAGCUUCAACCAAGUACUGAGUGCAUAAAUGAGCAUAAUUUCACAGGCCAACAUUACUAAUAUUAUAAAUUGUUUUUUUAGGACUGAUGUUUUGUGAUAUUGUAAUAUUUUGACAUUUUUGUGAGCUGGAAGCCAUAUUCAUCAAGAUUAAAACAAAAAUGUCUUGAUAUAUUUCGCUUUGUAGUGAUGGAUCUAGAGAAUAUGGAAGCUUCACUUUCACUUUAUUUCUUUUGAGAUGCAUUAGUAGAAGCUUGUUGCAUCUUCAAAUGUCUAUUUUUAUUCAUGGCAGUUUUAUGAAAUUUAUGAUACAAUAAAUUCAAGGAUUCUGGGUGUAAGAUAUGAUUCUAUCAUGAAUUGUCAAGGUCUUUUUAAUUGUUUUUAAGUAUAUAAGAUAGAAGUUAACUUGGGAAUAAGUUGAAUAGAUACAUUACAGACAAUGCACACUGAAUACAAUAAAAAAAAUGGUUCUAAAUCAAUUAAUCCAUAGUAGCAUGAAUGCUAUAAAGGAGGAGGCUGAGGUGGAGGAGGUUAAGAUUUGCAAGCGGCAGCAUUAAUGCAAGCAGAGAUUAGGGAGAAGUCUUAUUUAAAUUCAUACUGUGUUGAGAGAAAGAGCUGUGAUUGGCUGUGGGAGCUUGGAAACCAUAACUGCCGUCAGCUGGCCUUCAUGUCCUGCAUGAACUAACCCUAGGCUUGGUUUCUUUUAAUCUCAUGAUAUGCUCAAAUCAAACUGCUUAGUCUCGCCUGGAUCUGCUGCUUUUCUCUUUUUAAAUGGAUUCUAUGAAAUAAAAAAAGGUGUUUUUACUGAACAGUAAAGCACUGGUUUUAUUUCAUGGAUUAGUUUCACUUUAUGAGGGAGAAAAGCGGUUAAAAGUGGCCACAAGCUACUCCGAAUUCAUUGUCAGGGUGAUCCAGGACGCCACUUUUAACCGCUUUUCUCCCUCGUUAUGUAAGAUUCAUCCAUGAAAAGAGAACAGUGGUUCACUGCUCAGUAACUUAGUUUUGUUCACCAUUUUUUGCUGUAAAGACUCUGUUUAAACCGACUCAGAGGCUUUGGACGUGGGCUGUGCAUCUCUACUUGUUGAGGAAAUGCCACUAGUAUGCAUCUUUCGAAGGACCGUGACUGAAAACUCUUGUAUUUCAGAGCUGACGGUGUUAUUUUUUUACUUCUCCAUCUACAAACUGUGACAUAGAAAACUUAUUUUCACCCUCAGUGCUUAUGAAACACGUCUUUGUAAUACUGUGAAGGACUCUUCUCUCCAGCAGUGUCAGUGUUGAUUCUCUGAUGGAUAAUCAGUUUUAUCAUUGAUGCCAGGAUGUUUAUCUUUACAAAAUAGAGACUAAAACUGUUCCCACUUUACUGAAACUGUCUCUUUCAAUCUCUACUUCAAAGAUCUUAACGCUGUGACACCAUUGUUGUACUUUUCAUGUAUAGGACGCCUGCUCUUUGCUCUUGUGAUCCCAAAAUUCCCUCUGUAUUGGUGAAAGCAGCUACAUCACUCGAAAGAAGAGAGUUAAUAUUUAUCUUCUCAACAUGAAUCCGGAGUCAAUAUGUGUCCUUUCUCCUCUGGAGCUUCACAUCUUUUUAUUUUGGGUGAUAGAAGACUUCUGUGUUGACUUUUCUCUGGAAGAGCUGCACAAAAAUGAAAUUUAUGACACACUGCUGAGCUAACUGAACUUCUUAGUGAAGACAAGUGUUUUAACUUAAAGCUCCUGUGAGGAAUCGCUAGUUUAUGCUGACUUUUGCGCCCCCUGUGGAAAAAGCUGCUACCCUGAUCUCCUAACUUGUCCUGUUUAUUAAGUAUCAUGAGCAUUUAAAAAUCAUACCAUGAUUUGAAGCCUUUGUCUUGAUUUAGAGACAAACUGGACUUUGCUAACUCCUUACCCCAUUAUCUGCCAACUACUUCUUCUUAUGUUGACACAAUUGCGCGUAUUUGAACAGCCUUAUUUUUUUAAAUUUGUGCGAGUGACUUGUUCCACUUGCACGUCAAACUGCAUUUACGCGACAAGAGGGCAGGGGCUUCCUUCUUCCACAUCCAGCAUUUCAGUCCCUUCAUUUAUACUAACUCGGGCGGUGUUAAUCAUGGUGAUGACUUGGUUGUUGUGGCUGAAAUUAAUUGACAGAGACAAAUGUUUAUCUUACCAGGCAAUCCCACCUCCCUCACUUUCCUCCAACCGAGCUACUUUUCAUUCCUGUGCCAGUAAAACAGGCAUGUUGUGUUGUCAAGCUCAGGGUAGCCACAGACAGACACCACUACUUUCUCCUCGAUUUUUUGGAUUCCCCCAGGCUGGUCCUUCGGAGAUCCUCCAGUGAUGUAUGUGAAUUAUGCCUAAGAGGAUGUCCAUGCUGAUUGGCCAUUGUGGUGUGAGUGAUUUGCUUGAGUUUGGAUCUUUCAACUCUAAGCAACUGAGGCAAGGUGUGUUGAAUCCAGGGAAAAAUUCGCAUGAAUUACUUGCUCAGUUCGUGUUGCACAUUUGCAGGGUUCAUACCGCCCAAGGCAAACUCAGCGUCUUGACACAUAAUUUACUUGCGCAAAGGAUUUUACUUGCGUCUGUUGUAAACAUUAGUUGCGGCUUCAAGAAUGGAGUCACUAUUGUUACAAAACUCAAGUGCAUUUUGACAUUUCGAGACCAUGGCACAUUGAUUUUGCACCAUGAUUUUUCUUCGAAUUUUCUCUUAAGUCUGUCUUUGUGCUCAAAAUUUCUGCACACUCUCAAAUCUUACAUUUGUUGAAAUUUCCUGUGCUUCUGCGCGACCGAUUCAUCUGUUUGCUUCUGCUCCAUGGAAAACUGCCGCUCUCUCUUUGUGUGGGCAUUCUAAACUUUCUCUGCAUCUGCUCAAAACUUCCUCUACGUAUACCAAACUUUCUCUUUAGGUAUAAAACUUUCUCUUUACAUAUGAAACUUUCUCUGCUUGCCUCCCAAAAUUUCUCUAACGUGCCUAUGAAACUUUCUUUGAGUAGCUGAAAAUUUUCUCUGCAUACAUCAAAAACUUUUCUGUGCGCAUGAAACUCUCUGCGCUAGCUCAAAGCUCUUCUACAAGCAUUCGAAACUUUCUCUUUGCAUGUACACAACUUCCUCUGUGCUAGCUUAAAACUUUUUUGUGCAUGUGUACGAAACUUUUAUUAACUUUGAUUGAAGAGCAAGCAGACAUUUUGCUUAGCAGAGAAAAUUAAAGCACAAAGAAGCAGUUUUUUGAGCACAGGCAGGUUCUAAGGGAAAGUUUGGAGAAAAUUCUGAGCCCAAAAUCAAUGCCAUGAUUUUAAAACAUAAUAUAAUAUAUAUGAUAUGCACUCUUGAGUUUUCCAAUGAAAGUAACUCCAUUCAACAGGCUCUUAUAAAGAUAAACCUAGCGUGUAUCUCAAGCAGAGCAGAGCUUUUUUAAAAGACGACUGAGAAGAAUGCCAAUUCACUUAGCCUCUAACUGACAUCUACCCCCCUGGUAGUGGUUUCAAACUUUUGAAAUAAAAAUAUUUUAAAUGUCAGUCUUUUCCUGGUGGUGUGGUUUGCUUUUUUGGCUCAUAAAGAGACAUCAGUAUUAAUUCCAGUCUGUUUCAUAAGUUGUGGAAACUCCCCACAGGAGCUUUAAGAGCAUCAAUAUUACAGAAACAGCCUCAAAGCCAUCAUCCAGUCUGAUAAAGUUUCUUUUCAUCCAUAAUUCUCCAAAGCCUUAAUCAUUCAGCUCAGUGUUUGGUGACUGUGAAACAUGAAUGUAAAAACCAGGUGAUUUUUCAGACUUCAGCUGUUUGAGUCUCAUAAAAAACGAGGGCAGGACGUCCAUUUUUUUAAAGUCUGUGUUCGCUGCAGUACCCGAAUGUACGCACUGUGCUGUAAAACCAGUUUAUAUGGCGCACAACUGUGUUACUGUGAUAAUGUGUUAAGUUACAAAAGAGGACCUUUCAGUACGUUUGUAUUUUUAAGGAUACGGGACCCAAUGAUUUAUGUUCUUUUUGUGCCUAAAAUGUUUUUUUUUCAGUGGCACAUAAAGAGCAUAGGUAGAGAAUAUUAAAUGCACAUCAGAAAUGUUUUUUUCAAGGCAAACUUAUAUAAGAAGAGGGAAUUUAUAUUUAUUCUCAUUAGUGAUGAAUGUUUGUUAUUGCCCUAAAAAGACACAUCCAUACAUUUUAAUUUACUGUUUUUCCAUGUUUCUUUAAAGAUCUCACAUUUCUUAUGUUGUUUACUCAAUCUGAAAAUGUUAUUUUCUUGUGAAAAUGAUGAUGUUUCUUUGAUUCUUGAGAAAGCGACUGAAAUGAACUUAUGGCGGGUAAACAGAGAAAACUAAAACUUCUGCCUGGUUAUAUUCCUCUGCAAAGUAUACAACAGCUGUACGACCUGUGACCUUCAAAAUCUUAUGAGGUCAUCCUUGAGUCAGAGGGGACAUUUUUGCUAAAGUAAUAGAAAAUGCCUCAAAGCGUUCUUUAGGUAUCAUAUCCACAAGCAAGAGAUUAACAUGAGGCCCAAUGACCUUGACCGCCAACCUCAAAAAUCUAUUGUUUGUUCUUAAGUCAGAGUGGACAUUCACAAGCAAGAGUGGAACAAGAGGCCCAAUUAGACAUGGUUUUCAACUUCUAGGGUCCUAUCAGUUCAUCCUUAAGUCAGAGUAGACGUAAGUGCAAAGUUUAAAGAAAACCCCUUGAAAUGUUCACAUAUGUUAACAAUAAAGGCAUGAAAAUUGAUGCCCAAAUACCUUGACACCCUCAAAAUCGAAUGACUUUAUUCUUGAGUCAGAGUGGACGUUUUGCAAAGGUUUAAAAGACACACCUAUAGUCUCUGAGACAUCAUGUCCACAAGUAAUGGAAGUUCCUGAAGCCAGGAGACCUGGAUGUGAACCUCCAAAUUAAUCUUUUUGUUUUGGAGUCAGAGUGGAUAUUAUGUAAAGUUUAAAGAAAACCUUUAUUCUGUCUAAAAUAUUAUGCUUACAAGCAAGAGGGGGAACAAUAAUGUCAAACAUUUACUGAAGAAUGACUGGGUAAGAUAUCGGCUGUCAGAGUGGACAUUUUUGCACAGUUAGAAAAAACCUUGAGGUUUUUGGGCCACAUGUUUCUGUCUUGCUUGUUGAUGGGAUACCAAAUGACCUUGACACCAACGUUAAAAAAAAUGGUACGUCAGAGCCCCUUGAGUCAGAGUGGACUUUUUUCAAAUUAAACAAAAUAAAACAGCAUUCUUAAGUGUUCUUUAGUUAUUCUGUUAACAAGUAAUGGGAUGAACAUGAGGCCCAAUGACCUUGAACUUUGACUGGUAAUUUCUUAUCAGGUCAUCCUUGAGUUAGAGUAGACUUUUGUAAAUUUCAGAAAAAAAAACCCCUCAACAACCUUAAGAAUUCUUUAGUUAUUCCACCCACAAGCAAAGGAUGAACUUGAGGCACAAUGACCCUGACCCAAACCCAAAAUUUCAAUAAGUUCUUCCUUGCGUCAGAGUGGAUAUUUUGUUGUUUUUAAACAAAACCUCUUAAAGUGUUAGAAAGAUAUCAUGCUAAUAAGCAAGGGAUGAACAUGAGUCCCAAUUACCUUGAACUUUGACUGCUAAUAUCUUACCAGGUCGUGCUUGAGUUAGAGUGGACUUCUGCAAAUUUUAGAAAAAAACCCUCAACAACCUUCGAUGUUCUUUAGUUAUUCCAUCUACAAGCAAGGGAUGAACAUGAGGCCCAUUAGCUUGAUGUGGACUUCCACCUUUAAUCUGUUUGUUCUCCAGACAUAGUGGAUAUUUUGUUGUUUUUAAAGAAAACCUCUUAAAAUGUUCUUGAGAUUUUAUGCUAACAAGCAAGGGAUGAACAUAAGGCCCAAUAACCUUGAACUUUACUCAUGGAUGACCUGAUUUGAGCAGAGUGGCAAAAUUUGAAAACAAAGAAAAAACUUGAGGUAUCUAAAUAAUUGAUGAACAUGAGCCCCAAUGACUUUGACUCAGGGAUGAACUGGUUAGGUUUGUCAGGUUGGGGUCAAAGUGGACACGUGCAAAAUGUGAGACGCAUCAGGCUCCAGACCUCUAUGGUGGGGGACCUCAACUGUGGGGCUUUUAAUGACAUACUAGUCCUUGUUUGGGGUUUUCCUUAGUUUUUGGUCUAUUAUUUUCACUUUUAUCCACCUAACCCUUACCCUCUUGGGUUGUCCUUAGCUUGUGUUUUGUUGAAUUUAAAUUUAUCCCCCCUCAGUAAAUUUUGAAUGUUCAAAAUGUGAAGAAAAGUCCUCAAAUUGUUCUUGAGAUGUCAGGUUCACAAGAGUGGACCUAGAGACGUAGAAUGGAUGUACAGAAAACCCAUAAACAUAUAAAAUGUAUGCUUGUUUGUCCUUUUAGGGCUUCUGUAAUUUUUCUAAUUAGCAAACAUUUAUCCUCUAGAAUCUUUGCACAUGCUCAAAGUAAAUAACUUGUAGGAAGACAAACCUAAGCACAGGAAUCUUGCUAAAGUUGUACCAUUGUGUGCUACAUAUUGUGGCUCAGUUUUUCUUCAUGUUUCUGACUUCAUGAUAACUUUGACACACUGUGGGAUUUGAGCUGCUGACUGUAUUUCCUGUGCCGGUGUAAAUACUGAGUCUGUAUUGCUGUGAUGUAAAAAAAACAAAUAUUUAACCAGAGUCCGAGCCUUUUGUCACAGAAAAAAGGGUUUAUUUAAAAAUAAAGUUAUAUCCCUCUUACUCGUCAAGGACUGUGAAAACAUAACAAAACAUGUUGUCACUGUGUUAUUCAUUGUUCGCUGCUUGGACCACAAUCAUCACUGCCCAUGUUUCAGACACUGAAUGCUAACUGACAGAACAAGAUUGAUACGUGUUUUUUUUUUUUUUUUUUUUUUUACAACUUUAGGCAGCAGGUUUUUGUUCUUAUUAUGCAGACAUUCGUGCUGAAGUUAACAAAGACAGAUAUGGUGGUGACAGCUUUACGAUGUCUUGGUGCUCCAGAUUUCAGGGAGCUGAAAUGGAACAGUCGAUGAUGUGAUGGACAGCAUGCUCUCAAUAAACCUGGCAAACAAAGAAAAUAAGGCUUUCGCUGCAACAAAACAAAUCGUCUGAGCUGCUCACAAAGAAAAAAAGCAAGUUGAAAUUUCUUUAAAGAUGCACCAUUUGACAACAAAAUAUGUCUUAGUGAAAAAUAAUUCGUUCCAAGUAUCUCUAUUAAUUUAGACAUCUAUUACAAACUCCACCACUCUCAAUCAGACACGUACAAAAAUAAGGAUAAGUAAUGAUAUUUUUCUUUUUGUCAACAAAUCUAUUGAAAAUAUCAGAUUUAACUAGCUUGUGUGUUUUGAGAUGUGUCAUGAUUAAACAAAGAAGAGCUUCUAAGUUAUGUGGACGGCAGAUAGAAUUUGUUGACAUAAAAAAACAGUAACUAAUCAUAAACCUUAUCCUUUGUAAUAAAGGAUUGCACCUCUGACAUGCCUUUCUUAAUGAGUUACUGCUUCAGCUGAACAAGUGGACGUCCCACAUUUGAACCCAAAGAAGAAUAAAAUCUGCAUUUGUUUAAGUACACUGGUGUGCACUAAAAUGCUAGAAUUAAUUUUAUUUAAGGCUCCUGUGAGGAGUUUUUAGCUGGUUAUGCAUUAGUGAAUUAAUACGGAUGUUUCUAUACCUAACCUUAACCAUUAAAAUGGACGGCAUAACCUAAACCUAGAUUUAAGUUUUCUUUUUUAAUUCACUUAACUAAAUUGGAAUGUACUCUUUUUGUCAAAACAAAAGAAAAUAACCACAAACUAUCUCUUUUGUCUUUAUGGACCCUUUGCCAAACGUACGUCAAAGGGUAAAGUUGGACUAGAAAGUCAGUUAGGCUACGUUCACACUGCAGGCCUUCAGGCUCUUCUCAGAUCUGAUUUUUUUGUUUGCCUGUUCACACUGCAGUCAGCUUCCAAAAGAUCAGAUACGUAUCUGAUUCAGAACCACAUAUCAAAGUGGCCUGAAUCUGAUUCGAAAAGGUCAGAUUGAAUGUGACUUGCGCUGUUCACACUGUCAGGAAGAAAUCAGAUACGAGUCACACGUGAGCAAAAAAAUCAGAUUCAGGUCACUUUUAACUGCAGUGUGAACGCAGCCUUACUGACGUGUACUGGCACGUGUACUGCCCUUCAAUUCCAACACCAAAACAUCCAUGAGUCAUCAUGAGUGGGGGAAUUAAUUGGUUCUUUCAUCUUCCCUAACCCAUACCUUUAACCCCCUGACCCUUACUCCAACCCCCUAGGCCUAAACCUAACCCCUAACUGCCUGACCCUAACCCUAAAAAUUUCUGUAAUGAUCUUCUCUCUUUUGGUGCAUUUCCAUGACAGCGUUACAGCGCCACUUACAGGCUUGGAAUAUAUAGUACAGUGUUUUCAGUGAUUCCGUGCUUACUUGGACAUUUCCUGAAACCAUCCCGUGUUUAUGGGAAAUUUUUUCAAAGCGAAACAGAAAUAUUUCGUUUUCGUCUCCAACAAAGACUAAAUUUAACCCUUAAAUGCCUGACCCCAACCCCUGAACCCCUGACCUUAAGCACAGCAUAAGGUUUCUUUAUCUCUAAAAAUGUUUCUUUAAAGCCUAAAAAUACCCCUGCGGGGUAGGUGUCCCACACAGAAACAGCAUUUGUAACCCUUUGUCAACUUCUGACUUUCAGAAAAAUAUGAUUUUGUUCUACAAAUCCACUACCUAGACAUCUACAGGCAAUAAGGGGCCAAAAUCAGCACAAGCCAAAAAUUCCUCACCGGAGCUUUUACUGGUUUUCAAAAAGAUUUGUGAAGGGUAAAUCAGAGAUUGUGGGACUCUUGAGACUGAUUUUUUUUAGGUUCAUGUAGUUGGAAGUGACUCUGACCUGAGCUCCAAACAGUGACCCACCAACAAAGAAUAUCAAUAAACAGCUCACUGACACUAAA